CUUUCUCCGGCAAGUCAUCAAACAGUUGAGCUACGUAAACCUAAGUCUCCAAACCACAGCUUUUGCCUCUCAUCUCUGCUCUCUAAUGGCCAUCUCUGCUAUUCAAGGCUCUGCCUUCGCUGGCCAGACCGCCCUCAAGCAGCCCAACGAGCUCUUCCGGAAGGUAGGUUCAGUCGGCAAUGGCGGCCGGAUCACCAUGCGCCGCACUGUUAAGAGUGUACCUAAGAGUAUCUGGUACGGCCCAGAUAGGCCCAAGUACUUGGGCCCCUUCUCCGAACAAACGCCCUCCUAUCUAACCGGUGAAUUCCCCGGCGACUACGGGUGGGACACUGCCGGUCUCUCCGCCGAUCCCGAAACCUUCGCUAAAAACCGCGAGCUGGAGGUGAUCCAUAGCAGAUGGGCCAUGCUCGGCGCACUGGGCUGCGUUUUCCCCGAGCUCCUCUCCAGAAACGGGGUGAAGUUCGGCGAAGCCGUCUGGUUCAAGGCCGGGGCCCAAAUCUUCUCAGAAGGAGGCCUGGACUACCUCGGCAAUCCGAACCUCAUCCAUGCCCAGAGCAUCCUGGCUAUAUGGGCUUCUCAAGUCAUUCUCAUGGGCUUCGUCGAGGCAUAUCGUGUUGGAGGAGGCCCGCUUGGGGAGGGGCUGGAUAAGAUCUAUCCUGGUGGGGCCUUCGACCCAUUGGGACUUGCGGAUGAUCCGGAGGCCUUUGCGGAGCUGAAAGUGAAGGAACUGAAGAACGGGCGGCUGGCCAUGUUUUCGAUGUUCGGGUUUUUCGUGCAGGCUAUUGUGACGGGGAAGGGACCUAUUGAGAACCUGUAUGACCACCUGGCUGACCCAACGACUAAUAAUGCUUGGGCCUAUGCAACCAACUUUGUGCCUGGAAAAUGAGUGUUUUUUUUUGGUUGGUGUAUGAUUUCAGUGUGACUUAAUGAAAUGGGAGCAUUUUCUUCUUUCUA